AUGACAGAGAAAGAAGGAGGAAUCGUCAAGACGGGCCAUGAAGAGGGGACGAAAAUGGCAAUCUCUCUCCUUGAAGAGUUUGAACUUCCAUCAGGACUUCUCCCCCUGGCCGAUGUCAUUGAAGUAGGAUUUGUCAGGAGCACUGGCUACAUGUGGAUCGUGCAAAAGAAGAAGGUCGAACACAACUUCAAGAUGAUAGGCAAGCUUGUGAGUUACGACACUGGGAUAACCGGUUAUGUUGAGAAGAAACGGAUCAAGAAGCUCAAGGGAGUGAAGGCGAAGGAGCUCAUGUUAUGGCCUCCGGUAAGUGAAAUAAUGGUCAAUGAACCACCCAGUGGGAAGAUUCAAUUCAAGAGCCUCGCAGGCAUUACCAAAACCUUCCCGGUUGAGGCAUUUGCAGCUGAUCAGUGA